AAGCUGUUUUGGGGAGGAAUGGAUCCCUGAUCGAUCUACUGUGAUCUCAGUGAACAUGACGGGGAUCAGGGUCGCGUGCUUGCUGCUACUGAGCGCGUGCGUGUGGAACCGCGCACCUGGGUCAGUGUGGAACUGCUGUGAGGGCGACGUUCUGCUCCUGCUGGACUCCUCCGGAAGCGAGUUCUCCCGCAUGCUCCACUUCCUGUCAGACCUGCUCCGCCCCUUCCAGCUGGGGCGCGGCCAGGUGCGCUUGGCGCUGGUCCAGGUGCACACAGAUCCCACCCUGGAGUUCGAUUUAGACGCGCACAGCUCUCAGAGCGCCUUCCAGGAGGCCCUGCUUCGGACGUGGAAGCUCGGCGGGAAAACCAACACGGAGGCGGCGCUGCUGCUGGCGCACAGGUUGCUACGCCAACCGGCGGGGCAGAAAGCUCCUCCCAGGGUGGUGCUGUGGCUCACGGACGGGGUGGAGCCGGGGAAUGUGGACGGGCCGAUAGCGGCCCUGCGUGAGGAGGGCGUGUCCGUGCUGGCGGUGUCGACGGGACACGAUAAUUACCUGCUGCUGAGCAGAGCUGUGACUCCACCCAUCGAAGAUCACCUGCACUUCGUGGACAUCGAGGACAUCAGCAUCAUCACUGAGGACCUGAGGGACGCCAUCAUAGAGCUGAUCCGAGCUGACCGCCUCCUGGUGCAGGACGUGACCUCCCAUAGUGCUGUGCUGCAGUGGCGACCGGUUCUGUCCGGUGAGGCGAGGUACUACGAGCUGCAGUAUGGUGAAACGGAGCGGAACUUCAGGACCGACCAAACCCUGACGCUGCCGUCUGAUCACAGCUGGACCCAACUGACCGACCUGCAGCCUGAUACACCGUACAGAGCCAGACUCACCACACACACCCCGUCGGGACCAUCCAGAACCCACAGUACCAGCUUCAGAACCCUGCCAACAGGUCUGGAUGUUUUGGGUCCAGAGACGGUCACGGUCUCAGAGUCCACGCCCGACCGGCUGCGUGUGAGUUGGGUUCCUGUGCGUUCGGGUCAGGUGGAGCGGUACUGGGUGGAGUUUGGGGCGAUUCCACAUGGUGUGGUUCGCUCCGUUACGGUCUCAGGGUCGGAGAGGAGUGCGGUGCUCACCCAGCUCCAGCCCGGCACACACUACCUCAUCACCAUCACUGCCGUUCACUCCUCCGGCCAGCAGGGGGCCAUCUCAGUCAGAGCCUGCACCCAGGAGGGCGAGGAAGCUUUACCUGCUCUACUGGACCUUUACUUGACCCCGGUGGGACUGGACACAGUCAAAGUGGAUUGGAGGGGUCAGCAGGAUGGGGUGGGGCUUCAAGGUUACUGGGUGAAAUGGGAGACGAGAAAACAUCCUUCAUCCUCAUCAAUUUCAACAUCGGACGGCCCAGGGGGAGGGGCUCUGCUGCACCAGCCCCACAUACACAGCUUCAUACUAACAGACGAGAUUCCAGCUCCAGAGACAGAAGAACAUCGUUUAAUCCAGACCUGGAGGAGCAGAAACUCUUCUCACACUACAAGUUCUGUGUUCUGUUGUACAGAAUGAUUAUUACAAUAUUUAUGUGUCGUAAUGUUGUGGAAUCGACUGAAGUGUGUCUGAAGAACAAGGAGGAUGUCUACGUCGUCUUCUCCAGCCACCCAAAUAAAUCCACUGGAUCAAACCAAGUGAUCAAUUCUGAUCAAAACAAUCAAUCUGAGCUGCAGGUAGAAAAGGUGAAAAGACCUCAGUGAGAACUGAGUGAUGCUCCCGGGGGGUAAAAGGAACAGAAAGUCAAAAGUGUGAUGAGGAGAAAGCUUCAAAUAUGUUCAGUUUAAUCCCUGCAUUCAUUUACAGUAAUCACACACACACACACACACACACACACACGAUAGGUGUAGAUGGUGCCGUUUGUGCAGUAUCCACCAUAUAACAUUUACACUUGCACAUUAAACCUUGCCUUAAAAGUAUUUGCCCCCCUCACUAAUUUACUGUAUUGUCUACAUAUUUGUUGAGCUACGUUUUCAGAUCCUCAUAUAUAAAAAUGCUGACAGUUAUAGGAAUAUACAUAAGGAAUAUAGGAAUAUACAUAUUUAAUAACAUAUAACUAUAUGGCAAUAACAGAUUUUACACUUUUGUGGAGGCUUUUGAAGAGAUUUUGAGCCGUCCACAUAUUUCUUGACCAUACACUAAUGUAGGAUCACAUCUCUGGUGUGUUCACGCUUCCAUCUAGUGGUGUUCUGGCAUUAAAUACAAAUAAAAAUCAUUUUAACGAAUCUUUUAACAUUAACGUGAAAUGUAAAUUAAUACACGAGUAAUAAAAUGUUUGUGUGACAUUAAAAUCACAUUUUACUGUUUCAUUUUACACUGUUUUUGGUUUU